AUGGCGUUUUCACUACCUUCCCACUACUGCAGAACUCCUACCAACUCUUCGGAUCACCCUUCACUCCACUUGCAACCCCAAUCACUUUUACAGCGAGGAAGUAUGCUCGGCAAGGUCAAAAGGGCUUUUUCGACGCGCAAAUCGUCGACUUCAAGUAAUGACCACUCAGCGCGGGAGGUAGCGGUCACGGGUCAGACACAGAACAACACACUUACAGCUGCGCCGGUCAGCCCCAAGAGUGCUGGAUCCCGUAAUAGCGGCCUCGCACCACCACCUUCGUCUGCUAGCCCAUUUACUUCUCCAUCACCAGCUACAAGGAGGCCAGAUACUGACAGAUCACUAGGUAGCACAGGUAUGAACGCCUUCGGAUCUAACAACGAAGCCCCGCCGGCCUAUACACCAGGUCCAGCUCAAAAUGCAGGCGCAUUCCAGUCACCAUCUACAACAACAACUUCAGACUCUGACCCUUACGCUUUCCUCAGGAGUUUUGAUACUAUUUUCUUGAUUGACGAUUCAGGAUCCAUGGCUGGCCGUUCAUGGAGAGAGACGCAGGAAGCCCUUGCGACCAUCACACCAAUUUGUACAGGACACGACGAAGACGGUAUCGACAUUUACUUCUUGAAUCAUCCUGAUUCGAGUCUCUACAAGAAAGUUACCACUCCCAGCACUAUUAUCGAAAUCUUCCAGACUGUUCGACCUCGCGGCGCCACACCAACUGGCCAGCGCCUUCACAAGAUCCUAAAACCCUAUCUCCAGCGCUAUGAACAGGACGACAAAACUAAGCCCAUUAACAUCAUUAUCAUCACCGAUGGCGAGCCCUCUGACGAUGUUGAGUCUACCAUUAUUCAGGCUGCCAAGAAGCUUGAUAAGCUCGANGCGCCUGCGUGGCAAGUCGGUAUCCAGUUCUUCCAGGUGGGNCGGGAGCCCGGUGCGCGUGAACAUCUCAAGCAGCUUGAUGACGGGCUCGCCGAAUUGGCCGAGGACGACAAUCUCAGAGAUAUUGUGGAUACUGUUCCUUUUAGUGGCGCAGAAGGCGAGUCACUGACUGCAGCGGGNAUUCUCAAGGUGGUCAUGGGUGCAGUUCACCGUAGGCUGGACAGAAACUCCAAGGAUCUGCACAGGAAGUAG